CGUUCCGGGCCAAGCAUGGCGGAUUCCGAGGUGCUGCUCAGACGGGUUCCGAGCCGCUCCUCUUGGCAGCGGGCUCGCAAGGCCCGGUCCCACCUCCUCCUUAGCCGUCGGGGCCGUCGCCGGUUUGGAGUCCUGACCCGGGGCGAGCUGCGGCGCCUGCGACGGCGGCUGCUGCGGGCCCAGGCUUUGGGAGGCGACUGGAAGCUAGGUGUCACCGCGGGCGCGCACGUGGCAGAAAAGUGCAAGGUCCGGAGCCGCAGCGGGUCCACGCCGGGCACCGGGUCCACGCCGGGCACCGGAUCCACGCCGAGCAACCUACCCUCGCCCCGCAGCCAGCCCACGCCGCGCCGCCAGCCCACACCGCGCCGCCAGCCCACGCCACGCCCGCAGUCCACGCCACGCCCACAGCGCGCGCACAACUUCCCACCCCUGCCGACGAACGUCACCCAAGCCGUGCGGGACCUAGGCUCCGGCCGAGUGUUGUUGGUGCUGCCAGCCGAGGAGGACUUUAUUUUCAGUGGGAUAUGCCGUGUGACUUGCAUCUAUGGCCAGUUGCAAAUCUUCGGCCAUAUCAUCAAACAAGGCCAGCCCGCCCAAGAUGUGUUUUCUGCCUACACCCAUUCUUUCCUGAGCAUCAGGGGGAUGCUGUACCCAGAACCCGAGAAAAGCGAAAAGGAGGUCAGAAAAGAGAUACGGGCUCUGCUCAAGCCGCACAUGAAACUGGAUGACAGACACUGGGUGAUGCACUAUUUCUGUCCCCUGGCCUCUGUCGUGCUGCUGGAGCAGCUGAGGUCCCCUGCCGUGGACUUCAUGAGCUCCUAUAAGUGUGCUUCUUACGUCUUCCGGCAGGAGCAUUAUCCUGCGCGGGUUAACGCUGAGUUUAUAACCUUGAAAACGAUUGGCCUCAGAAGACAGCGGAAGAGGGCAGGCAUCUUCUUGAGUGACAGUGCCCAUUGUGCCCUGGAGGAGCUCGUCAGUGUGUCCUGUGUAGAUGGCUGCCCUGUCAUCCUGUUGUGUGGCGCUUGUGACGCGGGAAAGUCCACGUUCAGUAGAAUACUGAUUAACCAGUUACUGAACAGCCUCCCUGGUGUUGACUACCUGGAAUGUGAUCCCGGGCAGACGGAGUUCACGCCUCCUGGCUGCAUUGCUUUACUUAACAUUACAGAACCGCUGCUGGGACCACCUUACACCCACCCGAGGAAGCCACAGAGGAUGGUGUAUUAUGGAAAGAUGACUUGUCACAAUGACUAUGAGAAUUAUAUUGAAAUAGUGAAGUAUGUGUUCAGAGACUACAAGAGAGAGUCCCCACUUAUCAUCAAUACGAUGGGCUGGGUGAAAGAUGAUGGACUGCUGCUGCUUGUUGACCUGAUCCGCCUGUUGUCUCCCAACUACGUCAUUCAGUUGUAUUCUCCCCGGGGUCCUACAAUGGCCUCUCUGACCCCAGAGUAUGUAGAGCUCACAGACGGCCUGUAUACAAAAAGCAAGAUCAGGAAACGUCGAGGGUUUGAAAUUGAAGAAUUUGGAGACAGUUUGGAUUUUACUGAAGAAGAGAAAGACUCCGGUCCAGUUCCGGUCUUCCCUGGACAUAAGCUGAUGCUUGUUUACUCAGAAUUUCCGUGUAGUAAAAAUGAGAAAAAUAGGGCCAAAUACAACAAAAUUUUUCGAGAUCUGGCGGUGUUGGGUUACCUUAGCCAGCUGAUGCCUCCUGUGCCAGGGCAGCUUAGUCCUUUGCACAGCCUGACGCCCUAUCAGGUCCCCUUCAAUGCAGUUGCUGUCCGGAUCACUCAUGCUGAUGUUGCCCCUGCCCACAUACUGUACGCCAUAAAUGCCAGCUGGGUUGGGCUUUGCAGGAUCCUGGAGGACAUGAAAGGAUACACUCGGGGUCCCAUCCUGCUUGCCCAGACCCCCAUAUGUGACUGUUUGGGCUUUGGCAUCUGCAGAGGCAUUGACAUGGAGCAGCGGAUGUACCACAUCAUCACCCCUCUGCCUCCAGAAGAGCUGAAAGCUGUGAACUGUCUGCUGAUUGGUUCCAUUUCCAUUCCACACUGUAUUAUCAAAAACCAGCCUGGGCCUGAAGGGACAAUUCCUUACAUCACCACAGCUUAUAAUUUUAAACUUCCUGGAGCAUCGGAGAAAAUUGGAGAAAGAGAGUUUGAACAUGCUUCCCUAGGGUACAGAUUCUACAGAAGGAAAAAGUAGAGCCUCAGUAUAGACGGAGGCUUUCUGCCUGCGAACCUUGUCCUCGAGCUCAGAGUCGGCAGGUCGGUGGGGCUUUGUGACUGUGAACAGCGCCCUCGUGUCCAGUGAGGUUCAUGGGACUGGACAACGUGCUGCAGAGUAAAUAGCUCAAGACUCCAUUUUUUGUUUUCCCUCUAAGACAUGGUCUCCAUCAUCCAAGUGUGGCAUUACCGUUCUGUGUCAGCACACCCAGCUUUCGGGGUUUUCUCUGAAGCUGUUUGAUCUCAAACUUGGCCUGGACUGCUUUCCGACUGGCCGUCUGGCUGCCUGGCUGAGUGAAGUAUUUCCUGACGGACUGUGGAGCAGUGAGGAAAGCUGUGCCUCAUCACCAGACCAGAAGAGCACAACCCUCUCAGUUCACCAAGGACCUGACCGUUGCAAUCGAGAUAAAAUUGGGGAAUCCAGGACCACAAAAACGUGCCAAGAAAUGGGCAGCAGGCUGACCCAGCAGUCCUCAGGCUCAAUGCGCAGGUGCCCGGGUCUAAGCAGGCUGGAUGGACACGAGUGGGAGAGGCUUACUUUGAGCCACCUGGACCUUACCAGUUAGGUGAGGUGGACUCAGAUGCCUGGUCCUUGGAUGCCAUUGAAUCUCCUAAUUGUGCAGUCAAGUGUUACAGGGUUGUAUUUGCUCUGUUUGUUUCUCUGCCAUUUUAAUCAUGAGUCUUUAUGUUGAAGAAGUUGCUCUGACAUCCAGAAAGCUUCCAGAUGGUUCUGUAAGUCUGGGUGUGCUCUGAUUGACUCCUCUGUUGAGGUGGGACACACUGCCAUGGGUCCACCAACCUGUGAACAGACACCUUGUGCCUGACUUGGGCAAACCUUUGCUGCCAACGCUUUCUUCUAGGUAUCUGGAGGCUACUGCCAACGCCAUUUUUUUCCUGACUGUAUUUUGUAAUUAGAAGUGACUGGGUCAGGUCAUUUUUGUGGAUGAAAAAUAAUCAGGCCACUGAGGAACUCCUUGAGUUGUCGUGACUGACACAUCAGGAUUUCACCUUCUAGCAGGAUCAUGUUCAAAGAUCAUUCCAGCCUGGGAAUGGAUUAAUAAUGUUUAUGUUCACGCAUACCAUUGAUUAUCUCUGUCUUGUCUGGGACCAUACCACCCUGAGUGUGCCUGGUCUUGUCUGCUUGGACCCCAUCUUUGGCCUUGGCAUUUGAAAAACCCAUUAGGAAGCUGGGCAAGUGGUAACGCAUGCCUUUAAUCCCAGCACUUGGGAGGCAAAGACCAGAGGAUCUCUGUGAGUUCAAGACCAGCCUGAUCUACAGAGUGAGUUCCAGGACAGCCAGGGCUACACAGGCAAAGACACUGUCUCAAAAAAGAAAAACCCAUUAGGAGACAGAACUGCAGCAGCCUGGUUGGUCUGAAACCCUCAAGACCAUUUAAGGACUCACUAAUUAGCUGUCCCUUAUUUAUAUAUCUAGCUUGAGCUUGUGUUGUGUCUAUUUGGUGGGGAGGGGCGUCAUCUCACAUUGCCCAAGUAGGUGCCUGUGGGCUCCAUUGCUUCUGAUUUCUGAGGUGGCGGAUGUGCACAGCCUUAGCCUUGCACCAGCUCUCUUCUGCGCCCUCCCCAGAUCUUCCUGUCUUCACAAGAAUAAAGACCCCGAAAUGUAGGUCUCCAGUUUGUGUUCUCCAUAAAGGUGCGUUCAGCUAACCUUCACUUGUGGGUCCCCACCAGUAGAGACCUGGUGUCAGCAGUAGAGGGAUCUGUGGGCAUUGGGCAGGUGGCUGUGAGGAACAGUCAUUGGGAACCUUCUCUGGGGAGAGCUCUUGCUGUGGAACCUAGCCUUGGUAAGACCUGCCACAGUGUCUGUCCGUGUGAUUGUGGUAUCGGGGCAUUUGGGGCAAGGAAGAGAUUGGACUCUGUGCCAUCUUUUUGGGGUUUUGUUUCUGUUUUGAGCCAGGAUCUUGCUAUGAACAGGCUGACCUCAUGUAUGAUCCUGCCUCAGUUUCCCAAGUGCUGGGAUCACAGGUGUGUUUGUGUGAAGUUUCUGUUCACAUGGUCUGUUUUGGUCCCCUAGAAUCUUAGGAGUGUGGUGUACAAGUUUCAUACAUAAGAACUCCACAGAACCACACAACAACAAACUCCAAGUUAGUUUUUGUGGCUUCUUAAAAUCAGACUCUAGGAAUUAUUUCCUAGAUGUGGGGGGUCUGGUGUUCCCAUAAUCACUGUCCCACGGAAAUCAUAGACAACUCAAGGCCCAAGAAAGUGGCCCUGAAGAGGCUGUGGGAACAAGCCCGGGUCCUUGGGUUGAUGUGCUUUUCCAGAGCCUGGACAGAGGUGAGUGUGGUAAGAGGCCAGGUGCAGGGAGGCUGCUGAGUCCUGUACUGGACCUCCUUGAUAAGAACUGCCUGAUCCAUACAUAGUGUGCAAAUCAGAUGGUGUAGAUAAAGAGCUCUGAACCACAAUAAAACUCAGAGAAAUUGGGGUUCAACCUGAAGAUCCAAAAAGAAAAGCAGCCAGCCACUGGCUCUUACCUCUACCUCAGUCCAAAAUGGUGAUUUUGUCUCUGGGAAUCUCAGAACGAGACUGUGAGAGCUGUCUCCUCCCGUUUUAUAAUCCUAAGACUGGGAUUAAAGGUGUGCACCGCUCAGUUUCUAUGACAACUAGUGUGGCUACUGCCUGAUAGGCUGACCAGCGGGGCUUUUUUACUCUCUGAUCUUCAGGCAAAGCUUUACUUAUUAAAAUACAAAUGAAAUGCCACUACAGGGCCCCUUUGAAUGUGCUGUGGGAAAUGCUGCUGGAUGAACCAGGGCUCUGUCACCUAAGCACUCAGCUGCUGAAGCAAGUUCCUGAACCCUCUUCAGGAGGUGGGUUUUUUUCCCCCUCCAUUUCCUGUUUACUUUCAUCUUUUCUCUCCACUCUCCCACUCCACAGCAUCUUAUCUUAGCCCAGGCUGGCGUAGAACUAACUAUAGCUUAGGCAGCCAUGCUUGACCCUCUGCCUGGAUUCCAGGGGCGAGCCUCUUCGGUCUGGCAAUGGUUUUCCUAGUGGUGUACCUGCGCAGAAACCACCUUGUGGGGAAGUCUAGCCUGGGUCUGUUUCCUUCUCCGGGUGUAGGGGGAGGGCAACGGGAUUGUCGAUAAGAUAAAAGGUCCUGCCAAGGCUCAAGCUGUGGAAAAUGGUAGUGAUUAUUCUUGUGUACCUGUCUCUGGCGGUUGCAAACUCUUGGAAGGUGAGCAUCAAGGUUUUGUCCCUCCUGAAGGCUGGGCAUGGCGUGGGCACAACCCCUCACCUGUCAGGCUUUCCCUCAGGUUAGUCCUGUUGCCUUGCGUCCUGUGAGAGAGCAGCGAUAGGGCAGGUCCUCAGUUGCUCUGAUAAACUCUCUUUAACGCCCUUACAUACUGUGUUUAAAAUUGUCUAUGUCCAUGUGGAAAACAGCCCUUCCGUGCCCACGGCAUAGGUGGCACUGGGAAUCCUGUGACCGUCACAUCUGACUGUAAGUUUAAGAAUCAUUCCCCACUGUGUGUGGUUUCUGACA